GAUUAGUUUUGGGAUAUCAAGACGCAGAAAUGGAAGAGUGGAGGCAAUGCGGUCGCUGGCUCAUUGAUUGCAAGGUGCUGCCGCCGAACCACCGCGUCGUGUGGCCCUCGGCGGCGGUGUUUGACCUGGCCCAAGCCCUGAGGGACGGGGUUCUGCUGUGCCAAAUGUUGCACAACCUCUCGCCCGGUUCCGUGGAUCUAAAGGAGAUAAACUUCAGACCGCAGAUGUCCCAGUUCCUGUGUCUGAAGAACAUCCGCACAUUUCUCAAGGUCUGCCACGACAAGUUCGGCCUGCGCAACAGCGAACUCUUCGACCCCUUCGACCUUUUCGACGUCCGGGACUUCGGCAAGGUCAUCUCUGCUCUAUCACGGAUCUCCCACCACAGCAUCGCACAAAUCAAAGGAAUCAGACCGUUCCCGUCAGAAGACACAGCGGUGAAUGAAGAUGACGUGUACCGCAGUCUGGAGGAGCUGGCAGAUGAACAUGACCUGGGUGAGGAUGACAUCUACGACUGCGUGCCAUGCGAAGACGACGGAGAUGACAUCUACGAGGACAUCAUCAAGGUGGAAGUACGACAACCCAUGAAAAUGGGCAUGACGGAGGAGGACAAGAGGAACUGCUGUAUGGUGGAGAUCCAGGAGACGGAAGCCAAAUACUACAAGACCUUAGAGGACAUCGAGAAGAACUACAUGAUCCCUCUGAAGCAGGUGUUGACGCCGCAGGAAAUGGACGCCAUCUUCGUGAACCUGGAGGAUGUGAUCAAAGCGCACUAUGACCUCCUCAGGGCCAUUGACUUCACCAUGGUGGGCGGAGGCAGCGGACUGGGCAAGAUCUUCCUGGACUUCAAGGAGAGGUUGCUGAUCUACGGUCAGUACUGCAGUCACAUGGAGAACGCCCAGAAGACCCUGGAUGAGCUCAUCGCCACCAGAGAAGAUGUCCGCAUCAAAGUUGAGGAGUGUACGAUGAAGGUGCAGGAGGGCAAGUUCAAGCUGCAGGACCUGCUGGUGGUGCCCAUGCAGAGGGUGCUCAAGUACCACCUACUACUGAAGGAACUUCUGAGUCACUCCACGGAUCGGCCGGAGAGACAGCAGCUGAAGGAAGCACUGGAGGCCAUGCAGGACCUGGCUAUGUACAUCAACGAAGUCAAGCGAGACAAUGAGACGCUCAAGAAGAUUAGUGAGUUCCAGAGCUCCAUAGAAAACCUGCAGGUGAAACUGGAGGAGUACGGUCGCCCAAAGAUCGACGGAGAGCUCAAAGUCUGUUCCAUCGUCAACCGGACCAAGCAAGACCGGUAUAUUUUCCUGUUCGACAAAGUGGUGAUCGUGUGCAAACGGAAAGGCUACAGCUACGAACUCAAAGAAAUCAUCGAGCUGCAGUCGUACAAAAUGUCCGACGAUCCAAUGAACAAUCGCGACAUGAAGAAGUCGAGUGGAAAAAUGUGGUCCUACGGAUUCUACCUGAUCCACCUGCAGGGCAAACAGGGCUUUCAGUUCUUCUGCAAAACCGAGGAGACCAAGAGGAAGUGGAUGGAGCAGUUUGAGAUGGCCAUGUCAAAUAUCAAACCGGAGAGAGCCACAGCCAACCAGCACAAUUUCCAGAUGCACACGUUUGAUAAGAACACCAACUGCCGAGCCUGCAAGAUGCUGCUCAGGGGUAUUUUCUACCAGGGCUACUACUGCUCUCGCUGUGGGACUGGAGCACACAAAGAGUGUCUGGAGAUCAUCACCAUCUGUAAAAUCAAUCCUCAUGAUUUGGAGCCUGGGAUGGCAUCAGGUCCAAAGAUGGUGGCAGUGAGGAACUACCACGGCACCCCGGCUCCUCCAGGCAAAGUCCACCUGAGCUUCCAGACCGGGGACUACAUCGAGCUGCUCAAGGGAGACCCAGACACGUCCUGGUGGGAGGGGAGGCUGAUGCAAACACAAAAGAGUGGAUUCUUCCCCAGCUCGUGUGUAAAGCCCUGCUUGGACCCAAAGCCGUUCCAGACCCUAUGUCGACCAUCGCCCAGAGAGGGAGACUACUAUGGCUAUCCCUGGUUUGCUGGGAACAUGGAGAGACAGCAGGCCGACAAUCUCCUCAAGUCCCACUGCAGCGGCACCUACCUGAUCCGCGAGAGGACGGCCGAGGCGGAGAGAUACGCCAUCAGCAUCAAGUUCAAUGAUGAAGUUAAACACAUUAAGGUGAUCGAAAAGGACAGCUGGAUCCACAUCACAGAGGCCAAGAAGUUUGAGAGCUUAUUGGAACUUGUGGAGUACUACCAGACCCACUCGCUAAAGGAGAGCUUCAAACUGCUGGACACGACGCUGAGGUACCCGUACAAGUCGAGAGAGAGGUCACUCACCAGAGGCAGCACCAGGUCACCAGUGUUUACUCCCAGGGUGGUGAGCACGGCGGUUGCCAGGUAUAACUUCGCCGCUCGGGACAUGAGGGAGCUGUCACUGAGAGAAGGAGACGUGGUGAAGAUCUACAGCAAGAUCGGAGGAGACCAGGGCUGGUGGAAGGGGGAGGCCAACGGACGGAUCGGCUGGUUCCCCUCGACUUACGUGGACGAAGAGGGCGGCGCUCAGUAACCAACUCCACUUCAGGAACUCUAUCUACUGUUCUACUCAGAGGAAAUCACUCCACUCCAGGAAUACCCGAUGGAAAAACUAAUGGAAAACCCAAUGGAAAACCCCAAUUGACUUUCGAUGUUGCUUUUGCUGGAUACUGUUUUUCAGUGACUGUCCCUCUCUCUUUCUUCUUAUGCAUCUGCGUCGCUCUCGUUUUUGUUCAAGAUCUCCUGUCUCGACUCUUUCGGGAGAAGUGUGGCUAAUUUCGCCGCACAAAAUUUGGAUAGCUUUACUUUGAAAAGGCUCCGUUUCGUUGCUAUGGUGAAAUAAUUGUACAGUAUAGAUAAUUUAUUGAAUAGAGUUUAUUAUCAUGAUUAUUGUGAGGAUUUUAGCCGCGGUCCAAAACGUGUUCCGAAAACAAAAAAACCUGCUUUUCUGAUUUGUUGUCGAGAGAUUUUUUGCCUUAGUUGUCAUGGUGAUGCCUUGUGGGGGCGGACACCGGGCGUUCUUGUUGGACUCCUGUAUGCAUGUGCCCACACACACACUCACACACUGACCAAUGGACAGUACGGUGCCUUCGAGAAAUGGUCGUCUCUCCAAACCUCAACAUCAGCAGUGAACAAGAGCAUCCUACAAAUACUGGAGAUAAACAGUUCAAUGGACCAAGGGACUCUGAGGAUUUUAAGAGGCACUAUGUAACUUUUCUGGAGGGGGUCCACCACCUGCUUGCUUCCAUGGAGAUCUCCUUGUUUUAUGUGGAAUGCUUGGAAGGAAUAUUUGUUAUUAAAUUAUGAAUACAUUUUUUGCUGUCAGCUGACUCGCCUUCCGACAGAUCAGACCAGUUACUUGGCUUCACUUGUGUAAUUCUAUUCUAUGGAACGGUGAAGUGAUAAGAAGGUCAUUUAAUCAAACAGGUGGUGGACCCUCUAAGUUCAAGAGUGCGAGAGUAAGGAGAGCCUCCUUAUGGGGAGAUCUGGACUUCAGUAGAUUUAGGUUCAUGAUAAGGAGCCCCCCCAUAGCUGCUGGAUUGGUCUACUGAGAAAGGAUGGAGAAAACUGGAGAACCUGACCACCCAGACACAUGUAGAAUAUGCAAAUAUAACAAAUAAUGAAUUCAUUUGAGCUGGGGUUUGGACUUUACUCGUGUAAAACUCGUGCCAGUUUUAUUCUCUCUACUACCAUGGAUUUCAAUGUACCGUAUUUUCCGCACUAUAGGGCGCUCUGGAUUAUAAAGUGCACUGUCUUUGAAUGGUCUAUUUUCAAAUUUUUUUACAUAUAAACCUCACCGGACUAUAAGGCACAUUAAACGAAACACAACAGUUAGAUAAGCCAGUCAAACUUUAACGCGUUCACAAUAACUCUCAACUUUGUUCAAUUGUAAUGUGUAAAAAAAAUACUGUCUGUCGCUAAAUUGUUAGAGUAUUCACAAUAAGUCAUAAUAGUUCAAUCAGUUGGGCGAUUACGGCGUCCAGCACGCCCACAUCCCUCUCGUCAUUAUCCGAGUCAGUGUGGUUACUGUUCCCUGACAGUUCAGUGAUGAUUCUGGUCUUGGUGAAAGCUCGGACCACAGUUGAUACUGAUCCUUAGCCCAGGUGUCCACGAUCCAUUGGCAGAUUGUGGCGUAAGUCGCUCGGCGCUGUCUCCCUGUCUUGGUGAAUGUGUGUUCUCCUUCUCUCAUCCACAGCUCCCACGCAGCUCGCACUUUCACUUUAUAAUAUCCUUGAGUUUAAAGUGGGCGUUGUAACCGUGUCUCUUGACAGGUGCAUUUUGAUAUUAAAAGGAAUCUUUUAAGGAGUAUGUAUUAUUCCGCGAUGCUCCUGACUACGGGAGCCGUAAUGCUGCAAGUGGUGCGGCUUUGUAGUUUACUAAAGUCGUUCUAAGACACCCAAUAAAUUCAUAUAUAAGGAGCUCUGGAUUAUAAAACACACAGUCCUUUUUUGAUUAAAUUAAAGGCUUUUAAGCGUGCCCUAUAGUGCGGAAAAUACGGUAUCUACUUAAUCACACAUAGCACCUGUAAGACUCAAAAGAAGACAAACAAAAGGGUGGUCAGGUCUCUUUGCUACAACACUGCCAAUGGCACAUACUUGACACGAGGAUCAUGAGUUCAGGAUUCGAGCUACAGCGUCUGUAUUGAUCUAUGGAUUAUUCAGGAUGUUACCAACUCCUUGUGCCAUGAUCAACGACUAUAGCAUGACAAACUACAUUCUGUCAACUUACUCUCAGGGUUUUUCCAUCAAAUCCAACUGCUGAGCUAGAUAGAUCUUGGUCUGGAAUAGCUAGCUGGAGCAUUAGCUAAAUUCUCGGAUUUAUGCUCGCAAAUUCAACAACCAAAGUCAAUUUUCAAAUCUCCAAACCUUCAGAAGUCCCUUGGUCCAUGUUUUGUGUGUUCAGUGCUACUCCACAACAUUACGUCCACAUCCAUAGAACUUCGGUGAAGAAAACGCAUUUGUGCCAACCGUAUGGACUGAGCAAGCUGUUGGCCAAAAAACUCCAAAAAACUCCAAAAAAAAAAAAAAAAAAAAAAAAAGAACUACUGGACUUUUUAAUUUUUUACAAUAAUUCCCACAGCUCACAGGAAAACAUCGACGAAACCAUCAACGCUUCACGCAAGACUCCACCACACUUUCUACUCUUACUGUUCAAUGUUUAGUUUUUGCACAGAAAAUUCAUUUUUUGUAUUUUUUUUUUGUUAAAUGAAGCCAAAUUGCCAUGUCGUCUCGUCUGCAUGGAUUCCUCUCUGAUGAUUUUCUAUGAUUUUUGUACUUUUGCCUUAUUUUGUGACAGGUGACGGGUCUUUAUUUUGUUGCGUAUUUUGUUUUUCAUGUUUUUUUGUUUUGUUUUGUUUUAGUUUUUUUUGGUGCUGAAAAGACUGGCGAAAUUACAGGCAGUCAGAAAAUAAGAAGGAGCUGUUUAUUCAGAAUUCUCAAACUGUCACGGGGCAUUGUGUUUUAAAUAAGUGUUGCCAAAAAGUACUGCAAACUAAUGAAAUGUGAUUUGGUUCGAAUCAAAGUGUUGAAACAGACUGUAAAAGCGUUUGUUCCGAUCCAGAAACGUUUUUUUGCGUUGCCACGUUCCACCAAAAAUUAGUCGACCAGAAAAAAUAAGUAUGUCAUUAACAUACUAAAAGAAAAAGUUCCAUGCAUUUUCCCCAGUAGCAAUAUAAAGACACACUGAGUAACUUUUUUUUAACUGGACGUGAUUGGUUUACCUGAAAUAUUCCACAGAGUGCUUUUAGCUAUAAAACACAUGCGUUGUUAUUGUGUGCCAUAUCGCCUCUCCAUAGAUCUGAUCUGUAACUUCGCCUUGGUUAACUAAAGAUGUUUUUUUGGCACGUCAGGUUUUAUUUCAGAUGCCCUUCCAGUCACAAUGUAAUUUGUUGUUUUUAAUUUAUUGUGCUUUGUGUAACUUUUCUAGUGGAGAGUCUGUUAAAAUUGAAUUUCUCUCCAGUGACUAGGUCAGGAAUCAGAAUACACUAGACGGUUUGCAAAAAAACUCGGAAGUGCGAAUUGGGCACCAGCCAAUCAGCGAAGAGUCAUACAUUCUGUGUUGGCAACGGUUCCCGAGAUCGAGGAUUUAAAGCCCAAACAAAGAGAAUGUUUGGUGAAUUUUAUUAUGGGGAAAGACGUUAUUGUCCUUCUUCCUACGGGAUUUGAGAAAUGCUUAAUAUACCAGUUAGUCCCGUUAGUGGUGCAUUACAUUUGUCACGACCAAAAAACAGCAACAGCGAACGAGUCUUAAUACUGUGAGGUCAGACGGUUUCUACGAAGUGAAACUGUCUGAUGAAUCAGGCUACUGGCAAAUGCUUUUCUCCAUGGAAUGUUUCACGCUAUGGCAUUAAACCUUUUUAUUUUCAUUGAGACCAAACUAGACUACAGUACAGGUCAGAUUUGCGGAGAGGCGACGCCGCUCACAGUCAGACUGUUGUUUUGUCUAGGCAUUUGUGAGCUAUAAAACCACUUGUAAUUGAAUAAAUGUAAGGUAGAGCUGUUUAACGUAGCACUGUGGAACAUUCCAGGCAGAGCAAUGACGUAUCCGUAGCUACAAGCCGGUGAUGGGACCCCUAGCUGAAAAGUUACACAAUGCACCUUCAAGACAGAAAUGGUGUCGAAAGAACCUGGUUACUGUAGUCAAUUGGAAGGCCUGCUACAUUUGAGGCUAGUGGUUCUUGUAACUCAACAUUCCUAAAGGCAGCCACACACUACAGGAGAAUUUGCCCGAUUUUGGCUGCGAUUCCUUCUCCGUGAGUUUUUGAAACUGCCGCGCUCCUCAUUUGUGCUCCGUCACUGUGAGAUCGUAACCACCAAACAUCAGCAACGCUACGGUAACAGCCAAUAAAACAAGACUUUAUUCCUCACCUCUCGUAAAGUUGCAAAUUUUAAGUGCAGCAUUUCAUCCACGCUAUCCAUAGAAUUUGUCGUUCGCAAAUAAUGACCACAAAACAGCGCUGUGAAUCCAAUUUAAGGCGUUCUUUAAAAGUAAAAAGGCAAGAGUAGUUCCUCACGUGUGUGUUUACAUCCACACAGUGCACGGAUCGAGGUGAAGCUGGAGAUUAGUGAUCAAGACUCUACUUCCUGUGAACUGUGGAGUACUGCAGCACAUUUCACAAACAAUAAUAACACAGUUUAACUUGUAUCUAAACUAGAAGUGCAGAGGUCUGAUCUUUUGAACACUUAAGAGUCUCAAAGCGAGUUUUUUUUUUUUUACUGUCGACAGGAAACAGCUGACUCGAUCUCGCUCACAACUUUAUAUCCUGUGGUUUGCAGACAUAUUGCGCUGCAGUGUUUGCGAUCGGAGAUUUUAAAUCUCAUAAGAUGGUCCUCGUGUCUGUGGUGUGCGCUUUUUUCGUUUAAAAUUGUUAAAAACUGAAAAAUCCUGUAGUGUGAAGCAGCCUUAAGAUACGAUAAGAGUCACUGGGGAAAUUAUAAUUUACACUUAAACAAAAUAUAGCUGAUCUCAUAUUCCAGAUUCAUGACAUUUUUGGUGGAAAGUUGGCAAGGGCGUUGUAGGAUCGGACUUGGACUUUGUAGGAUUUCUAAUGUAAGCAAGUUGACAUUGUACUAAGACUUCAUAUAGGCUACUGUAAACUGCAUUUGUGAUCAGUUCUACACUUUGUAUUUUAGCAACACUGUCCAAACUAAGGGAGGACUGCUAACUACACACUUCUACCUGCUUUUGAUACCUUGCAGCUGAUGUCUUCAACAUUCCCUGCGGGGGUGUGGCUAACGGGAGGCACUGCUCUGUCUGAAGCUACUUAGACUUUAAUGUGGUGAGCUUUGUUUGAACACAGUCUGAGAAAAGAACUGACAAAAGGUGCACUGAUUUUGCACUGUUAAACAAGUCCCUCACACGGAACAAGCUAGUUAAAAAGUUUUUUUGUUAGUCACUCACCUUUUUGUUCAACAUCGUAACUCCUCAACUGAACCAUGACCGCUCGUAUUCAACAAAAGCUUCUGAAAAAAUUUGUUUUGAUCCAGUUUCCAAACUCUGGCAGUGUUUGCUAAUGCGCGCAAUGUGUCACCAUCGUCAAGGAUAAACAUUCCGCCAUAGACAUACGUGAAGUACCCCCCCAGCGUGAUGUCACUGCAAAGUAUCAAUGUAUUGCCAGUAAACUUGCCAGCACAAUUAUUGUUAAAAAAAAAAACCCAAAAAAAUCAACAACUAUGAUUUUGAAUUUAAAGUUCGCUGCCCCAAAACUACACAAGAUACUACUAAUGUACCACGGGACAUGAACACACACACUCCCUGUACUCUGAGGGGGAGGGGCUAGGUGCAGUCUGUGUAAUGGAAAACCACCCAUUGCAUGUGGAUUUUGUUUUCAUUUCAAUUCCUCAGUACAUCCUCCAAAAAUGCAUACUUAAUCGUGUACAUUUUUUAAAUGGUUGAAUAUUUCCAAAUGAGGUCUAUCAUGAAAUAAAUAUUCAUUUUGAUUUAACAA